AUGUUUGGUGAUGACGAAUCUGAGCUCAGCGACAACAUAUCCUUAACGUCUUCCAUGGACAUCGACAUGGACCCUUUUGCAUCCAAUACGAACACGGCCCAUCCGAAACCCGAUACCGCAGUCGAGGGUUUCUCUAUCCAAUAUCUUCUACCCCUUGAAAUCGUGGAAUUGAUUGCAAUCAGGAUUGCAGACGAUGCUGAUCUUAUGAACUUCGUCUUGACUUGCAAGGAUUUCGCAACAGCUACUGUCCUUGAGAAGUCAACUGUCUGGCGGACACGAUUCUUGGCUCGCUAUGAUCAUCCUAUCAUCGAAGGCCCUUAUGAGUUCCGUGUUGCCUAUCAGCUUCGUGAAUUGGUACUGAGAAAAUUUCCAUCCUUCGCGAGCAUAGGUACAGCUCGGUCUAGAGCCGCUCUAGAGGUUUUGAGAGACAUGGUGCUGGAGACAUAUCACAGCCCACACGGUCCGAAACGUACUCGUUCACGAAACCUGGAAGUACUUUCUAGUCCCAAGAGUGCUCCGUACAUGGAAGAGUUCCUGUCGUCACCCUUCUUUGCUUACGAUGUUGUACCGUACGGCAAACAGAAUGGACUCUUUGCCGCGUUACAGCUUGUCUUCUCCCACCUGGUACUCCACCCUAGCUCUGAUUUUGCAGUCGAGACAAAGGCUUCACGUGACAACUAUGACUUGAAGAUAAUAUAUCUUUAUGCACUUCCUUUGAGAACAAUAUAUUAUGCACGAGAGUCCCAGGUUCAAGACAUUGAACCCCAAAAACGAGACUUGAGACUUGAUCUCGAAGCCCUGCUUCACAUACGUAACUUCUGGAAUGGCCACCUAGCAUACAACGCUACGGGAUUGUACACCAAUCCUGUCCCUACCUAUGGGGAAAUGGCUCGUAUGUUGGUUCGACGAAAUCAUGCACCGCGAGCAUGGGACAGAGCAAUCCAAGAACCGGCAGAAGUCCAAGCACAUUGGCACGGGCACUACUCUUGCACUCAUCCUACUCCCAGGUACAUAACAGACAUUGAGGAGCAUCAAACCUGUGCAGAGGAUUGGAUGCUCCAGUAUGGCAAGGACGGUGUCCAUCCAUUAACACUGGAUCUUCAAGCCACCAAUUCUACACAACGUGGAUGGUGGCCUCCUAUAUUUGCAACGAUACCAAUAGUCGAGUCAACAACGCCGCAUGCAGAUGCAGAUAGUGGCCAUGUGUACAUUCGUGGUAUUGCCCCCUUCCUCUCGCCUACGAGCCAUCCAGACAUGUAUCCAGCAUACAAGUCACUACGAGUAAGAGGGGUCAUUCAUCCGCUUCCGGCGCAGAAAGAGAUCCCUGGUUGGAGGAGGAUUGUAAUGGUAAUGUAUCAACCGACGCCGCGUUACCUACUUGCUGUUCUGGAUGUGAACUCACCUGAGAAUGACGACCCUUUCGACCAGAUUGAGCCCAUUGCUGCUCUUGAAGCACCGAACAUGAACCAGGAAGGGGUUGCCGAACAGUCAACUGCUUUCGACCAGAUGCAGGCACAAGACCAGGGCCAGCCUCAGCCUCAGCCUCAGAACCCAGCACAGAUGGUGAUAGAUGAUGCAGUACCAGCCAGUUCCGAAGAAGAGGAGAAGGCGAUGAGAGAGGAGCUUGAAGCUCGAGAAGAAUUGAAGGGGCCACUGGGUCCAGCAUACCUGACUAGGGACUUUAUUGCAGAGAUGGAGGAUAACCUGCACCCACCAGAAGAGAUUGCUUGGGAGGACAUCGGCUAUGCAUAUAUCUACGAAGGUGUCAUCAUACCAGGCGGAAAGAUCAUGAUGGGCAGACAUUGGAGGUGUGGCCCACCUACGGUGGUGGAUGGCUUUGAGCUGGGAAAUGGUGUCGACAGAGGUCCAUGGGUAUUCUGGUGCUGA